AUGGACUCAGUGGCAGAGAACCCGGACGGGAACCUGCUCCAGGCCACCAGUGCCCUGAGGUUCAUCCAGCUCCAGCUGCUCCAGCUGGCCAGGGACUGUGACAACACGGUCCAGAACGGUCUGGUCAGCUCUCUCUACUUUGUGGAGCUGCAAAAUAAACUGGAGAAGCUUCUCCACGAGACCCGCACAGCCUACAGCCCUCCUUGGAGAAAACCAGUGGAGAGUGACUUUGACACAGUCAGGUCGGUUAGCAGUGGCGCCUUUGGGACUGUGAACCUUGUGCGCCACAGGGAGACGGGUCAGGCUUUUGCAAUGAAACUGAUCAAACGGCAGAACAAGGGCAAGAAGCUACAGGCCCAGGUGUUGGUGGAGCGCGACAUCCUCACCUUCACGGACAACCCCUUUGUUGUCUCCAUGUUUUGCAUGUUUGAAACAAAGACUGACCUGUGCAUGGUGAUGGAGUAUGUAGGAGGUGGGGACUGUGCCUCUCUGAUUAAACACUAUAAGUGUCUCCCUGUGGACAUGGCCCGCAUGUAUGUCGCAGAGACUGUCCUGGCUGUGGAGUACAUCCACAGCUACGGCAUCUUACACAGAGACCUCAAACCCAGCAAUCUGUUGAUCAGUGCCACGGGCCAUAUUAAGGUGGCUGAUUUUGGACUGUCAAAGAUUGGUCCAGUGAACAUGGCAGCUGACCUGGAUAAAGGCUGCAUCAUGAAGAUUGUCAGAGAGUUCACUGACACAGAGAUAUCAGGCACUCCACAGUUCGUUGCCCCAGAAGUGAUCCUGAAGAAAGGCUAUGGGAAGCCUGUAGACUGGUGGGCCAUGGGCAUCAUUCUGUAUGAGUUCCUGGUGGGCUCGACUCCUUUCACUGGGCACUCAGUGAAAGAGAUCUUUUUUAAGGCGGUCAGAACUGAGGUCACUUGGCCACAAGGGGGAGAUGCCCUGCCAGCUGAUGCCCAAGAUAUGAUUACCCUUCUCCUGAAGAAGAACUGCGUGAGACGUCUGGGCACAGGAGGAGCCAGUGAGGUGAAGGCACACCCAUUCUUCCAAGGUCUGGACUGGAAAAACCUCCUGAGUCAGAAGGCUCUAUUUGUCCCUCAGCUGGAGAAUGAGGAGGACACCAGCUACUUUGAAAACACGUCCUUAGAUUCUGAUGGUGAUUGUGAUGAUGAUGGCGAUGAUGAAUCUGGUGACGACAAUAAACCCAGUGAUGAGGACGAGUCUUGUUAUGACAAUGAAUCCUCCUCUGAUGAAGAAUCCUCUAAUGAUGAAUCCGCUGAUGAUGAAUCCUCUGAUAUGAAUACCGUAUGA